AGGCAAUACACUAUCCUAAAAGUUGAUUGUAAUUCUGACCUAAUCGAUUUCGCCAUGAAAACAUCGAAUUUUCUUCGACCAGUAACAAAAAGAAAGAAAUGACAACAAAAUUUCGGCAGCGAUCUAAUGGAGGGAAAAGUGCAAGGCUUCUUAUAGAUCAAGUCAAAAGCAAGCCUGUUUUACAUAAAGUUACAUAUGAUUCUAGAGCCAAAGGAUGGGUUGGACCACAAAAAGAAACUCAUUCAAAAUGGGUGAAAGCUCGAGGAGCAGUUAUGUUCCUUGGUAUUCGUAAUGCAACAAGACCUAGAAUAGAUGUCGCAUCACUAGUUAGAGCUACGAAGAAUAGAACAAGUUUCUCAAAGAUGACAGACGUCGACCAGGACGACAGCAUACAGGUUACACUGCGAAACCCAUCCCACAUCAGUAGACCAUUCGACACAACGAAACCAGGUGGCGCUGUAUGGACAUCGCCAAAACCAAUCGGCUCAGCCAAAGAACGAUCGAAAUACUUCAGUUUCGAUAGACCGAAGACAUCCGAUCGUACCCGACUAUCUUCGGCCGUUAGCAGCCAUCAAGCGCAAUAUUUAAAGAAAAUUUUACAAGAAAAAGAGAAAGAACUUCAAAUGAUGCAGAGAUUGUUAUCAAAGUCAACCGAAGAAAACUCAAAGUUGUCAAAAGAGCUUGAAGGAUAUCAGGGUAAAAACUAUGAUGAAAUCUAUGUAGAAAAUCUCAAGUUGAAAGAAUUUAUUUCAAGAGUUUCUAAAGAAAAUGUGAUCCUGAGAGGGCAGCUUCAACAGGAUAGAAAUCCUGCUGUUCAAAGAAUGUUAGAAAAAGAGAAGCUGCUGAGGAAACAACACACAUUAUGACCCGAUUAAACCUUACAAUGUUAGAUAUCAUGUGACACACACUCAACAAAUCAAAUGCCAUCAUUUGAUGAUGUCUACCUGAAAUAAACGCAAUAGUUUGUCUUUUUUAAUUACACUGAAUGUGUUAUGUUAA